AUGAAUAUAUUGUUUUUAGUUAAAAUUGCUACUUUUAUCCUUUUCAUUUGGAUAAGUAAAAUCAAGAGUGAUCUGAGAGAGUUUAACAAAAUAUUGUGUGAGAACUACAAACUUAGUAGAAAAAUGGAUAUAAGAGCCCAUCGAUUAAUGGCAAAAUAUACGCAAGAUAAGGGCUUAAAUAUUGUAGGAUUAAAGGAAGAGUUACCAUGUUAUGGAAAAAACGAAAAAAAAAAUAUUUGUAAGAAUGAAAAAAAGAACAAAGAAAAAAAGAAACAAUCAAAGGAAAAUUUAUUAAAUAAAGAGGGAAUUCAUAAACAAGAUAAGAAAAAUAACUUUUUUAUUUUCGAAACAAAAAAAUAUUCCCAUUUAGAAAAAAAAAUAUUCAAAGAACUUGACUAUGAGAAUUUUAUUAAAAAUAACAGGACUAUUAGAGGUAAGUUGUACAAAAACAUAAUACUUAAAAAAUAUGGACUGCGUUUGUCUGUACCUCUGUCACUGUUUUUGUCCUUAACAAUAUCCCUUAUAUUAGAUUUAUUUGUGGGUUGUGGUUUUAUAAAUGGGUUGCGCUUGUUUUUGAGAGUAUACGCUCCAGGUUUUUGGAAAUCUUUACCAGAAAAAAUAUAUAACUUUCUGGGUAAUUCUUUGGCGGAAACUUUAAAGCCUCUCUGGACAUAUAAAUCAUGGGUAGGGAGUAAAAUUGAAACGAAGGUCUAUGUAUCAACGGGUUUAUUUGGUUUUAUAAUAUAUUUCUUACCUUUCAUUAUAUUAGGUUUCAUAUUAAUAUUCUGGAUUAUUUAUUAUCAUAAAAAGGUUAAAAAAUAUGAAAAAAUUAAGUUCAGAAAAAGGUAA